CAGAAGGCUCGGGUGUUAUAGCUCACACACAUGCCCGCCGAGAGAGAGAAGAGAGACAGGGAGGGCAGAGACGCCAUCCCUGCAUGAACACCGCCAUGCUCGCGUUUCUCCGGCGUCGUCGCUCCGCUCUCCUCCUCCUCCUCCUCCUCCUCCUCUUCUUCACGCUUGCAACCGUCUCUCGUUCUGAGCCUCAGCCUCCGGACUACGGUGAUGCACUCGCGAAGAGCCUCCUCUACUUCGAGUCGCAGCGCUCUGGCCGUCUGCCCCACAACCAGCACGUCGCCUGGCGCGACCACUCCGGCCUCACCGAUGGCCUUGAACAAGGGGUGGACCUGGUCGGAGGAUACUACGACGCCGGCGACAAUGUUAAGUUCGGCCUCCCGAUGGCGUUCACCAUCACAAUGCUGUCGUGGGGGGUGAUCGAGUACGGCCAACAGAUCGCCGGCGCUGGCGAGUUGGCCCGCGCGCUCGAGGCCAUCAAAUGGGGCACCGAUUACUUCAUCAAAGCCCACACCCACCCCAACGUCCUCUGGGCUCAGGUGGGGGAUGGGGACACGGACCACUACUGCUGGCAGCGGCCGGAGGACAUGACGACGUCCCGGCAGGCGUACAAAGUGGACGAGAACAACCCUGGGUCAGAAAUUGCCGGCGAGACGGCGGCGGCAAUGGCGGCGGCCUCCAUCGUGUUUAGGGAAACAAACCCACAUUACUCCCACCUGCUAUUGCACCACGCCCAGCAGUUGUUCGAGUUUGGAGACAAGAGGAGGGGGAAGUACGACGCGAGCGUGGCGGCGGCGAAGGGGUACUACCCGUCGGUGAGCGGGUACAAUGACGAGCUGUUGUGGGCUGCUCUGUGGCUCUACAAGGCCACCGACAGCGUCGGCUACUUGUCCUACGCGCUGGACAACGCGGUGUUGCUUGGUGGGAUCACCUGGGCCAUCGCCGAGUUCAGCUGGGACAUCAAGUUCGCCGGCGUCCAAAUCCUCGCCUCCAUGUUGCUGAUGGACGACGGAGCGAAACACGAGCCGCACAGGCGAAUCCUGGAACGGUACCGUUCCAAGGCCGAGCACUACUUGUGCGCUUGCCUCAACAAGAACAACGGGACCAACGUGCGCCGCACCCCGGGAGGCUUACUGUACGUCCGCAAGUGGAACAACAUGCAGUACGUGUCGGGCGCGGCGUUCCUGCUGUCGGCCUACUCCGAUCACCUCCGGGCGGCGAACCAGACGCUCGGCUGCGGCAGAGAACGGGUGGGCCCGCGGGAGCUCCUCCGCCUGGCGAAGUCGCAGGUCGACUACAUCCUCGGCGACAACCCGCGGGGCGCGAGCUACUUGGUGGGGUACGGCGAUAAGUACCCUCAGAGAGUGCACCACCGGGGCGCGUCCAUCCCGCCGUACAGGAAGAGCAAGGGAUUCAUCGGGUGCAUGCAGGGGUACUACGACUGGUUCGGACGGCGCGACCCGAACCCGAACGUGCUGGUCGGGGCGCUGGUGGGCGGGCCCGACGACAUGGACCGGUUCAGGGACGAAAGGAAGAAUUUUAUGCAGACGGAAGCGUGUACUUACAACACAGCGACUUUGGUGGGGGCAUUGGCUAGAUUGAGUAGCUUAGAAUUGGGCGAUGAGGGUGUGAACUCCUCUAACCGGUCAUCCCGAGCCUUAAUUUGAAAAAUUAGCUUUUGGUGCUUCAAGCUGUAUACAUGUUCAUUUACACACCGAUAAAUUCCAAAUUAGAGAAAUAAAGACAAAAAAUUGAGCCAAAAAAAAUAAAUAAAGACAAAUUAAUUUAUUAU